UUAAUUAAAGAUGUUUACAUUAGAAUUGAAUCUCAAGUGCUUCAUUGUAUGCAUUUUGCACUUGCACCUUUCCACAUCAAACUCCUGGCUUGCUUAAGCCAGACUUCUCAUCGAUAGAAUGAAAAAGUUUAAGAGGAGACUUUCCCUAACGCUGCGUGGAAGCCAGACCAUUGAUGAAUCUCUGUCUGAGCUGGCUGAACAAAUGACAAUUGAAGAGAACAGUAGCAAAGAUAAUGAGCCUAUCGUGAAGAAUGGCAGGCCUCCAACAUCUCACAGUAUGCACUCAUUUCUCCACCAGUACACAGGAUCUUUCAAGAAGCCCCCUUUACGGCGACCACACAGUGUUAUUGGUGGCAGUCUUGGCUCCUUCAUGGCAAUGCCUAGGAAUGGAAGCAGAUUAGAUAUUGUACAUGAAAAUCUGAAAAUGGGAUCAGAUGGUGAAAGUGACCAAGCCUCUGGGACAUCCUCUGAUGAAGUUCAGUCUCCUACAGGUGUUUGCCUCAGAAACCGGAUACACAGACGGAUCUCGAUGGAGGAUCUGAACAAACGUUUGUCGCUGCCUGCAGACAUCAGAAUACCUGAUGGAUAUCUAGAAAAACUGCAGAUAAAUAGCCCACCAUUUGAUCAGCCGAUGAGUCGACGCUCUCGUAGAGCAUCACUAUCAGAAAUUGGAUUUGGGAAAAUGGAAACUUACAUCAAAUUGGAAAAACUUGGAGAGGGUACUUAUGCAACAGUAUAUAAGGGAAGAAGUAAAUUGACAGAGAACUUAGUAGCUCUGAAAGAAAUCCGACUGGAACAUGAAGAAGGGGCACCAUGCACAGCCAUCAGAGAAGUGUCAUUAUUAAAAGACCUAAAGCAUGCAAAUAUUGUUACAUUGCAUGAUAUUGUUCAUACAGACAAGUCUUUGACUCUUGUUUUUGAGUAUCUGGACAAGGACCUAAAGCAGUACAUGGAUGAUUGUGGUAACAUCAUGAGUAUGCACAAUGUAAAACUCUUUUUAUAUCAGAUUCUGCGGGGUUUGGCAUACUGUCAUAGGCGGAAGGUGCUACAUCGAGACCUUAAGCCACAGAAUCUACUCAUUAAUGAGAAAGGAGAGCUAAAGCUAGCAGACUUUGGUUUGGCUAGAGCAAAGUCUGUUCCUACAAAGACCUACUCCAAUGAAGUUGUCACAUUAUGGUACAGGCCACCUGAUGUUCUUCUUGGAUCUUCAGAAUAUUCAACUCAAAUUGAUAUGUGGGGUGUUGGAUGCAUAUUUUUCGAAAUGGCUUCAGGAAGACCUCUCUUUCCUGGUUCAACUGUUGAAGAUGAAUUGCACUUAAUUUUUAGACUCCUUGGGACUCCAUGUCAAGAAACAUGGCCAGGAAUCUCUUCCAAUGAUGAGUUUAGGAACUACAACUUUCCCAAAUACAAACCACAGCCUCUAAUCAACCAUGCACCAAGGCUAGACUCCGAAGGAAUUGAAUUGAUAGCAAAGUUUCUUCAAUAUGAAUCUAAAAAAAGAAUUUCAGCAGAAGAAGCCAUGAAACAUGCAUACUUCAGAAGUCUUGGAACAAGGAUACAUACUUUACCUGAAAGUGUCUCAAUAUUCAGUCUGAAAGAGAUUCAGUUGCAGAAAGACCCUGGCUUUCGAAAUUCCUCUUACCCUGAGACAGGACAUGGGAAGAACAGAAGGCAGAGCAUGCUUUUUUAAAGCUGGCGAUACAGAUUCAAGCCCAAGCCUAUCUUUAUCAAUCAAGGACUCAGAUCUGAAGGCAGUUCUUUCUUUUGGUGGACUUGGAAUCUGUUUGUCUGCACUGUUCUCUUCACAGUGGAGUCUUUUUAUUUCCAACCUGCAGAUUAUGUUUUUAUAUUUGUUGUCACAGUGUGACAAUUUUUUGUACAGUUGGUUUUAAGGUCUCCUCUGCCAUUAGAGCCAGUAGGUUACAGCUGUUUAUGUAACUGUAGCUGCAAUUUUUGUGCAGGACUGAGAAACACAGUGCAUUAUUUAUUGCGGAAUCAUUGCUGCUAAAUAACUACUGUCUGUAUAGUUAACACAACAGUUCAAUGCCUGAAGAAGUUGCAAUGGCUUUAUAAUAUGUGAAUGCAUCUGUUUCUCUUCAUAAACUGUUUUACUGCUGCAGUUUUUUGUAUUUUUAAACUGCAGUGUUUCCUGGAAUGUAAACAUAGCUUUGCUUGACUAUAGGUGAACCAUCUUUAACGCUCUAAGUUCAUGGCACUUAAUUCCUUAUUUAACAUUGGAAAUACAGUAGUUGACGUAUUAUGAAGCAUAUGAUGUUUUUCAAAAGCACCUGGUGAGAGAGUUGAUUCAAACAAGUGAAUGGUUAGUUAUUAUUUGCAUUUUAAUCUUGUAUCUGUUACUGGUAAAUUAAAGCACAGAGACUGAAUGAUCAGUUUUGUCAGGAUUCCUCCGAUACAAGAUAUUUGCAUGUGAUUGUGCAUCUCUUUCCAGAUGCAACAAGGUUCUUUACCUUCUUUUUAACAUAAUUAGGAAUAUGAAUAGCAAAAAAUCAAUUACGUGCAUCUCUGUUUUACUUUCAGAACUGAGCUUUGAUUUUAUUUUUUUUCUUUACAAAAUAACAGGAUGACUUAAUUACAAGAGCAUGGGAACAAUGUCAUAUUUUUCCCCUCUUGUGGAUUUCUCAUUACUACAUUAUUCACUUGAAAUCAACUGGAAAGAUGCAAGUUCAUACUUGAUAAGAACUCAGUAUACAUUACAGACCUUUUGAAAAUGGGAACUUAGAGGGUUUUUAAGAUCUUAGAUGUUAUCUGUUUACCAACGAUAGUAAACAUGUUACUACUACGCUUAUGCAUCUCAGUGAGUAUCAUAAGUACACCCUUGGUGAUGGUAACAGUAUUUUUAAGCAUUUGUGUUCACCUUUAUGAACUUAUUUGUUUAGUGCAUCUUAAAAGAGACUGUAAAUCUUUUAUUGGUAUAUUUUGAAAUGGUCAUGUAAAUCUUUGGCUGGUAUAUCAUGAAAAUAGUCAUAGAUAACUUAAUUUUUUUUUUCCUGACAUUCACUGUAAAACAUUCAGGGGUCCUAUCAUUUCUGUUCAGGAAAUCUUGUAGUUUAUUGUUAUUUAACAGUAUUAAGUGAAUUUUUGUAUAUUUCAUUUUAACUUUAUUUGUGAAUAGUGAUUGUGGCAUGUUUGGGGGUGUUUUAUUAAUAUUUCAUGAUACUGGUAAAUUGAACUGGGACUUUUUUAUUUUCUGAAAAGAGAGAAGUUCAUGUGUUAUAGUGAAUCUUGGACCACUACCGCUUUUCAGCAUUUGUAAGCCGGUUUUACGUUACAGAAACCCUUAUAGACCUAACAAAACUGCUGUUAUUUCUAACUGACAGACCUGUAUUAAUAUUGUACUUUUGAAAGUAUAAAUAUUAUGUGGAAUUCCUUGGUUUUGUUUUGAAGUUUAUAACAACAAGGCUCUGUGUUAAAACACAAAUUUGGUGAUCUA